CCGACGCGACUCGAGUGGCACAGACAACGCCACCAUGGCAGCUGAGCGGAAGCCACUGGCGCCUCCGGGGGAAGAUUGGUCGUCGAUGGUGGAGUUGGUGAAGGAGACGCUGGCGGGUGGGGACAUGGACUCGAUGACGCUGACCGGGAUGCUGAAGGAGAAUGGCGUGCCGUAUGACACGUCGACCAAGCUGAUCAACCACUUGAUGGCAACGUUCCAGGUGGUGCUCAUGCAGCAGGGCGACUCGAUGAGCUUGCAUCUCAACUCCGCCGAGGAGCAGGUCCAGGCUCAGAAGAUGGCCCGGCUGAGCAACGAGGAGAAGCUCGUGUUCCAGGCGGUGGAGGAGACACAACGCGAGGGUAUUUGGACAAAGGAUCUCAAGUAUAAGACUGGUUUGCACAAGUCGGUCAUCGACAAGGCGCUUGCCAAGCUCGUCUCGGUCCAGCUCAUCCGCACCUUCAAGCCCGCAAGCUCCAAGUCGCGCAAGAUGUACAUGCUGUAUUCGCUCGAGCCGGUCGUCGACACCUCGGACGUGUGGUACACCAACCAGGAGUUGAUCGGUUUUGUUGACAACGUCUCCUCAGUUGUCCUGCAGUUCAUCCAGAGUCGGUCAUCGGUCACCGCCGAGGACGUCGCUGCCCACCUCGCCAGCCACGAGGCCAUCAAGCCGCCGCUCGCCCUCGUCAACGUCCAGGAGCUCAUCGAACUGCUCAUCCGCACCGGCGAAGUCGCCCGCUUGGACGAGUCCACCUUUGUCUGUGCCCCACAGUCGGUUCCGACGUACAAUGGCUUUACGCACACGCCUUGUGGCCACUGUCCGGUCUUUGGCGACUGUCACGAAGACGGCAUCAUCUCGCCCGCAAAGUGCAUCUACCUCGACGAUUGGUGACCCUGGGCUGCAGUCGUCUCUGCCCGCCUCGGAAUGAACAUCGGACUCUUGCUA